CAAGGAGUGUCAGGGUUGCACAGUAGUACAUUUUCCAUGGGAAGUGAGGACAUCCACGGCUUCCUGUGGCUGAUGUAACCCCCCCUGAGGACCUUUUGGAGGACAUUUCUGCAAGGGACCAGAACGGCGGGUUGGUGCUUGAGGAAAAAGUGCCAUAAUUGCCAGCUUCAUCGAUCCCCCAAGAAGGGUCCAACGCCACCCCGCCCUGCCCCGCAGAUGGUGCUCAGCCUGGCCAUGGACUCCAGAGAGGAUGGGGACAGCUGGAUGGAAGAACAGUGGGAGAAAUGGUUAACUCGUGACAUUAGUCUGAAUGAAUAUGACGAUGAUGACCUAUCAGAAGUGACAGAAAUCACUGAUGAGAAUGGCAGCAUGCUUGACCACCUUGAUCUGGACUUUAAAGAUCACGUGACUCAGCCGGCCAAUGGAGCGCCGAGGAGCGGCCGGAGGAGGGGGGUGGUGGAACUGCAGACGGAGAUGCUCCACUUGGACCUAAUUGAUGCAGAGGGAGGAAUCCAGGAAGAAGGGGAGGAAGAGGAGAACGACAGGCGGCUAGAGCUCGUCGAUGCCGUGGAUGACAACCACAGAGAGGAACAGGGAGCUGGGCUGCCUGUCAUCCAGCCGAAGCUGAAGGAUUUCAUCCCUCCUGUCGCCAUGGAUACCUAUCGGCCCAAGAGACCCACCACCUUGAAUCUUUUUCCCCAAGUGCCAAGGACUCAGGAUACAAUAAAUAACAAUUCAUUCGGUGACAAAGACCGGAGGAAAGAGAAAAAAACUCAUUCUUCAUCACCACACAUUAAGGGGGAUGUGGCGCCCAAACCUGAGAAGGUCGGCCUGACCGAUGGAGACAAAGUUCAGGCCAGGGCUGAUGCCAAACCAAGAGGCCCCGCCUCCACCACAAAGAGAGCUGGAGCCAAGCAACAGGACAAAGAGUCUUUGAAGAACCCCACCACAAUGGCGCCCAACACGCAGGCGGUUAAGAGGGAAAAAUCUAGGCAGGUGAUAGAGGCCGUCGUUGACUCUGGAACCGUUUGCAAGGAAAAAGCCCAUUAUCACACUGUGAACGGCUAUCGGGAACAAGUGCAGUAUCCUGUUGAGAAUGGGGGUCCGUGUGACCCAUCUGUUGACAAAAACAAGGACUAUCAAAUAUCAGAAGGAAAUGCCACGGAGGAGAUCCACCUCACGCCCGUCAACGACGAGCACGAGCGACCUUUUCUGUCCCAGAGCAGCGACAGCAAUCGUAUGUCCAUCAGUUCGGACACGGAGUUACCUCCCCUACACUAUUAUCCAUUAGCAGGUUGCGCAAACCCAUCUAUUAGUGAGGAGGAUGAGGUAUACCCACCUACUCCCCCUUGCAGGACUGUAAGUCUCAGUGACCCGGGUGACAAUAGCCAGUGGACUCAAUCUCACAAGUCUAAAGCGGCAAAAGAGGACACAGGGACUUCAAAGACCUCGGCGGUCAGCACGGACGCCUCCGGACUGACGUACGACUCCGUAAAGUACACUUUGGUGGUGGAUGAGCAUGCUAAACUUGAGCUAGUGAGCAUCAAAGACUGCUACAAAGGUUACGAAAGCGACAGCGACAAUACCGUCUACGAGUCUGCCAUCGAUGAGGAUGAGGAGGAUCAGGAGGUAGAUGAAGAUGAAGAAUCGGGAGCGAGGAGCAUGAGGAGAGACACUUCGUGCUUGACAGACACGACCACAGACACCACCUCAGACAUGCCACGGUCCCGCAAGUUCAUGAAUGUCUUUGGGAAUGGACGGUCGCGGUUUUCUGGUGCUGAGUUUGGACACUUUUCGUGUGUUAUUAAUGGAGAGGAAAGAGAACAAAGCCACAGGGCAGUCUUUAGGUUUAUUCCUCGCCAUGAUGAUGAGUUGGAGUUGGAGACGGACGACCCCUUACUGAUAGAGUUUCAGGCGGAAGAUCUGUGGUGUGAGGCCUACAACAUGCGCACGGGAUCCAAAGGCGUCUUCCCUGCAUUUUACGCCGUCAAGGUCACGAAAGAUGAAGACACGAAAGAGGUUAAAGGUGAAUGGUUGGAUAAAUUCUGGGUGAAGUUCCUCGGUUCUGUUCAAGUGCCGUUUUACAAAGGGAAUGAUGUGCUUUGUGCCGCUAUGCACAAGAUUGCAUCAAACAGAAGAACAAUGCAGUUUAGCCCCCCCUCUCCUUGCAUUCUGGAAAUCAAUACAAGAGGAGUUAAAAUCAUUGUUCAGGAUGACUGUCGGACUUCUGGAAGGGGUGAAAAGUGUUUCCACUAUUUUCAGUUAAAAAACAUCUCAUUUUGUGGAUGUCAUCCGAAAAACAACAAGUAUUUUGGACUAAUAACAAAACAUCCAGCAUGCCAGAGGUUUGCCUGCCACGUUUUCUUUUCAGAAGAUACCACCACAAAGCUGGCCACAUCUGUAGGGAAAGCCUUUCAACAAUUCAGCAAACAACACAUGGAAUAUUCCUGUCCGACAGAAGAUAUUUUUCUCGAAUGACCUUCCAGCUCUUCGUCUUUCCGCAUUAUCACAUACUAUAUGAGGUGUCGCAUGAUGGUGGUUUCAAGCCUCUUUGUAAUGUGUCAUGUUAAUGAUUUAAUUUUGAUGUCUAUUUAAGACAAAUGCUAAAAUCAGAAAAAACACCCAGUGUGUUUACGAAACAGAUAUUGGCUACAAUGCAACUACGUUCGCCUCUUAUUACCUGAGUAUUACUGACUGGUGUAAAGCCUUACAAAUACGUUCAAUGUGAUCUGUAAAAGAUGUUAUUGGUUAAUUUGUGCAAAGCUUGGUUUUGAAAUUGUUCAAAGCACAAUGUUUAAAGCAUUUAAAAUCAACACAAUGUAAGGAGAUUUUACAGCUUUUCAAAGCUUAUCCGAAACCAAAGCUAUACUGGACAUACUUUCCAGGACAGUUGGUUUAUCAUGAAAUCAUGCUCAAAGUACCCAGUCUGGUGUGAAAGGUCUCCCUGUUAAGGGUAACAUCUCUGGGUUAGUAGUAGUACCACAUUUAACCUGGGUUAUAAAGCACUGCCCCUGAGAACUGAGGUGCCAAAGGUAUACAGUGGGAAUUACUUAUCCUGGGUACAUUACGAAAAUCACCCAUGCUUAACAGUUUUAGGUGUGAAAAGCCCCAUUCUGUUAUACUUAAAAUAAUGUCAUUUACACAGUUUAUCUUGGUCAGAUGCACACUAUACAUCUAUUUAUGCAUCACAAAUAUAAUAUGGCAUCCUUGCUUUCCUCUGUGAAUGCGUUUUGUUUUAUGUAUUCAACAUUUAUGUGUACAAAUAAUUUUGCUCUGUUAAACAGAGCGUAGUCUGGGCCUAUUGAUUUUGGUUCAAUCGAAGUACCCCUGAAGUAUGUAGCUGUGAAAACCAAAUAAUUUUAUUUACUUUUCAACAUAUUAUAUCAGAUAUCUUAUUUAUAAUUAUAGCAAAAUAGAAAUAAAUCUUAAAAUAUAUUAUUUUGGCACCUAAAAAAAACAUAUAUAAGGAGAAUGAUAUACAACAGUACUGCAGAGCUACUGUCACAAUGACAGACAUAUAAAUGGUGCUGAAGAAUAUGGCGGCUUGGUUAUGAAAAGUUUGUUUUGUCGUUUUGUUUUGUCCUCUGAUGUUUCAAGAAAUGAAUGUUUCAGAUUCAAGACCCACAGUAGAUCCGUCUCCACUAAUCCUUUCAAAAUGGUACAACCUCACAGCAUGCGCUUCGAAGUAACUUAAUGCAAUAUGAGCAAAAUCUUGUCAACUGAAUGGACAGACCUACAGUAAUGGUAUUCUGUAAAACAGCAUUUUACUGUUUGUAAAGAUGUUUCAGUAGAGACGGCCAUUUUGAAAGGUAAUAUCAAGUUAUUUGUACCAUUUGUGUCUGCAAAAAACUGACCUUGCAAAAUCACAAGUUGUGCCUAUUUCUUUUUAAUUUAUCACUGUACUUUUUUUGAAUGAUCAUAACUGUUCUGUGGGACCCAUGAAAUUAAAUCCUAUUUGUAAAUGUAUUGUCCUUGUGUAUAUUUGCGAAGAGAGCAACUAAAAUAACAAGUGAUAUUUGCAUUUAUAUACAGUAGCCUACUGUACAAAAGUCUAAGGCCACCACCAGCAAAGUUUUAAUAACCAUCCAUAUCUAUUAAGAUACAAAC